UUGUCCGUGACAGGUGUGCACAAUCAAGUCUCGAACCAACCGGUGCCCUUGGGUUGCGAUCGUUUGUGAACAACAUUGCCAUAGUUCGGUGUUUUGGGUGUUUGCCAAGACUUUGCUCGUUUUCCGAUAGGAACCGUGGGCCGCCGUAUUGGAAGUCGCUUCCAGUCUGCUCGGUGAUAGGAGUGAGAUACCAGUGAAAACGUAGAAGAAACAUCAACCCGAAGAGAGUGAAUCGCUGAAAUAUUCAAACUCAAUGUUUGCAUUUUUCAUCUUUGCUACGCCUGAUCAAAGAAAGUGAAAAUAACAGACGUCGAGCAUUAGCAUCGGCAUCACCCGCUGGCUCCGCCUGAUCCGUGAAGCAGUGAACGAAAGUGAAAACAACAGCGCUAUCAUCGGCCACAGUUCGGGCAGAAUACCAAUCAUGAAUCGGCUCCGAGUAUUCAACUUUAUGCUGUUUGCAUUCUGCUUUUUAUGCACAAUCAGACAGUUAGAAAGUACCUGUGUGUUAGAUUCCGACUUUGGUUUCAUACUAAACUGUGCGUUCAAAAAGUCCGGCCUGUUUCGAGUGCGGAACCUCGGGGGCGUUAAAGCUCACUUCGGGCUAGGCUUCAGCGUCGGUGAUGAGCUGGGUUUGGCCGAAUCACUCGGCAAUGUCGAGGCCAACAAGCGGCGGGCACUGAACGUUCGGACCGGGGCCGGUGUCAACAACAUCGGUGUACUGCCGGCGUCCAAACAACCGGUAUCCUUCGCACCGAAUUUUCAACAGAGCCUACCAAAAGCAAUAACCAGUCGACCAAUGCUGAAACUGGCCUCACCCACUAGCAAUUUCAUCGGUCCCCAAAGGCCAACCACCGGAACUCCCAUUUACGUAUCGCCAGCCACUACCCAAAUGACCAAAGCCACGUUCCUCCCACUGGGCGUCCCCGCCUUCAAACCUCUCCCUAAGAACGACGCCGACACGGUGAGAUACGAUCCCACCGCUGUGCAGCGUAAUUUUUCCCUCAAAACUCCUCAAACCCCUGACAUUUCCUUCCAGAAUCAACUCAUGAACCAAACCUCCUCCUUCCAUCGUCCAUCGCGGAUUACCGUUGCUGCCGCACCCAACAAGCACAUUGUCUACAAAGACAACACCAUGCAUGUUCAAAAAGUCCCCGCCUUCCACGCAAUGCCGGAAUCCGUUUCCCGUAUCUCCACCGGUCCGGUAAUUCAAAUCGACAACAAACUAUCCGAACCAACGAUCAAAAACUCCAUCGUGACUGUACCUUCGCGCAGUGACGUCAGCAAGGGAACCACCGUCGUCGACGGAGUUGACCUGAUGGGUCAUACCGUUGAAGAACUAGCUGCUGCAGCAAACGUAAGCGUAGAAGUCAUCAAGGAAGCCAUCCGAGUGCGAAAACAGGAACUACUUGCCCAGCAGCAGUACCAAAAGCAACAAGCAGCCAUAGUCCAGGCUCAGAUUAUGGCAGCUAAACAUGCCACCUCGACGACGACCAGCUCGACUACCACUCCACGGCCGCGACGGUAUCCCACUCAUAACGGCCACAAGGUUAUGAAUGCACCCAAAGAGUACUAUCCGGUUGGAUAUGACAAGAACUUCGACGACAACUUCACCUCCAAGGUCGAUUUGCCGUACACGACGUUCAACUGUGGCGAGCAGAAGCACUUCCCCGGACUGUAUGGCGACGAAGACUUGGGUUGUAUGGUCUUCCACGUAUGCGCCCUAACCGACGACGGACUGAUCAUGAAGUCGUUCCUCUGUCCGGAGAGCACGUUGUUCGAUCAGACGAUACUGAAGUGCAACUGGUGGUUCUACGUCGACUGCAAGAACAGCAAGGGUCUGUACGACUCGAAUCUACCGGUGUCCAAGAGCUACCAGCUGAUGAAAGCUCUGUCGUUCUUCUCGUCCAACUACAAAAACCCCCAGAACGUUGACGGUGUCGACGUGGAAGCGCUGAAGAACAGUGUCAGUGCCGGGCAGAACAGCACACUGCCGGUGACGCCAGCCGGGCGGUCAUCGAAAUCUGCCGCGUCUCCAGCGGCAGCCCCGGUAGAAAUUAGCAGCAAAUCGUCCACGACAGUUCAGUCGUCAGCAAACAAAACCACUAAGGCGUAGAGCUUUUACCUGUAGGCCUUAGCAUUUGCACAGAAGUUGGAAGAAUGAAUGGUUUUAGGUUUUGCCCUCUUUGGUUGUACUCUCGAGUUGUGGAAAGCCUGGCACUGACGAGAACUGGCAAGAAAGGCUGAAUGCUCGCAAAACUUUUCAAAAGGGCAUAUAUAACAAUGACAGAGUCAAGUAUUCUUUUCAUAAUCAGCGUAGAUGAACGAGCACUAAUUAUUACUUCUGCCCAUUUGUAAAGUUAUGCGAGAAUGCUCCAUUUGGAGAAAAGUUAUUUAAUUUAAUUUGUUCGCAAAAGGAAAACGAAACGACGUUUUCCUCUUACCUUUUCUCUCCCUUGCCAAAAAUAGUAAGCCAACAAAUAUCCUUCUUCGCCUAAUUUUUAUAAAUUAACUUCGUUAAGGGGAAUAGGGAAGUGUGGGGCGGGAAUCGACUAAGAAGAAGUCAUAUCUUUUAGAACGAACACAGAAGAAAAUUGUAGUUGCUAAAUCUAAUUUAACUGAACAACAGCGGCAAACAAGAACGAGAACGUGGAGCGCGCAGCAACGGUAUCACCAAUCAAACGAGCGAAAGUAUUUUCCGACAUUCUUCCCAAUUGGGAGUUCUGGAAUGAUGCUGUUGCUGCUACACUUUGAAACAGAUUUGCAGCUUUAAGCCGGCGCCCACCGCUGUAUACAUGUUGUGGGUGUCGUCAACUUCUCGUUCAACGAAUUUGCUCAACUAACAAGGUGCACAGAUAAGUAGAAAGUUGCUGAUCCCUCGCUGUAGGAAACUGAUAGCUACUCAGCGAUAACGCAGUGCAUCAAGCUCAGUAAGAACAAUGUUGAUAGCACGGUGUGGCAACUGAAAUGAAAUUGAGAGAACGUUGUUCAUGGACCUGUGGCAAAGCAUUGAUUUGGUCGAAUACAUCUUAAGAAUCCAAAAUGGUCAAAUACUUUUUGGAACACAUAUCAACUCAUAUUGGCAUAAACAAUUUCUUAACUUUUAAUUGUUUGCCUUUCUCGUAUUGUUUUCAAAGGAUAAAAAAAAUAUUUCUGACAAGUUUUUGCGAUACUUGUGAAAAUUUUUUAACCGUGAUUUGUAUCAAUUCAUUAAACCAAAUCAUGAAAGUGUUCAUAUAAUGAGACCAGUAGAAAGACAAUUAAAGUAACUGACGAUAAAGUAGAUGCUUAUCCUUUAAUUAUGUAUAUGAGUAAAUUCCAUUCUUUUGAAUAUAAAAAAAAUCAAAUAAAUGGAGGAUGUAAUUGACCACAAUAAUGUUCUGCAGCAGGUCACUAUGAAAGUUUAAAAUCUUGUAAUACUGUGUUAAGUCCGUUUCAAGAGGUUUCGUGUAGAGAGGAGCUUUUGGCAUAAAGCUUGUGAAAGCUCCGAGUGGUGCUUUCAGUGUUGUUUAAAAACAACAUCAAAGCUACAAGUUGAGGAGGCGUUCAUACGUAUAGGUACAUAUACUAUCUGCACAUUUAUAAAAGUUCGAGUGACUCUUCUGUGUGAAGUGCGAUGCAAAUCAUGACUACUUCAAUAUCGUGUCGUUUGUGAAACGAUUUUUUUAAGUUGCAUGAAAUUUUAAUCAAUUGUGUUGACUCUUAUUGAUAUAGCACAAUUUUGCUUCUAUGGAUGGUUAAACUUGAUAUAGAAGUGCAUGAAUAGUUUUCAAUUUACCGUAUUAGACGUUUUCAUCAUUGACCGUAAGCGACCGCUGUUUCUCGAAUAGCCAAGAAGUUCACAAUGUAUGUAAAACAAAAAUAUUGUUCAUAACUCGCCAGAAAUCAAAAUUAAAACUAAUUACUUUUUCUGAAUUUCUUAAAUUUUAAAUCUGGGCAUAUUUAGUUUCCUUAUGUCGAUAUAUUCAAAGCUCUAGACUACUAGACCAUCUUUGAGUAUUAACAAACACAUCAAAACACGAAAUGACAUUUGUUUUGUUGUCGUAUAGUAACCAUUUUUUUUUGUCUAGCACCCAUUUCAAUGUUUCUUCCAUUCUCCGAUGUCUCCUUAUCUCGAUGGACCCUUCAAUAUUGAGAUAUUAAGAGACAACAGUAGUAAGCAUUGUAAUUUUGAUUUAUAAAUCUCUCAAAAGCUUUGAGAUUACGAAGAAGAUUUUUUUGCAAUUCCUGAUCAUAAUACCUG